GGAUCCCUGGCUCCAGCCUGCCUCAUACCCAACCCUCCCCAUCCCCAAAUCCCGGCUGCGGGAUGCGGGUGGUGAUGCUCGCGGCACCUCCAAGGACAAGCCACCGAAAAGAAACGGCUCCUGCAGCAGGGACAAGGGACAGAGGGAGCACAGAGGGCAGGGUUUAUGGCCCUGCCUCGCCCAGCCGGCGGGGAGGGUUUAAGGUUCACCCGUUUCUGCUCACCUCUCGGCUUUGGCACCGCUCUCUGGCAGCUGCUGGCGCGCCUGACGGAGUUUCGCUUUUAGUUUUCUGCGGAGAGGAGGCAGCCGAGGAGGUUGGAGGAGGCCGUCCCCAUCUGUUGAGGCUGUUCCCGUCCGUCGAGGCUGUCCUCAUCCAUUGAGGCCAUCUCCAUCCAUCGAGGCUGUCCCCAUCUGUCGAGGUCGUCCCCAUCCGUCGAGGCUGUCCCCGUCCUCCGCCACCCCUGUGCCAGAGGAGAGCCAGCCUGCAGCCAGGAUAUGGCGCAGGAAGGGAUGGCAGGUGGCUCGCUGGAGAGGCAUUGUCCCACCUACAUCUACAAAGUGGUGCUGCUGGGGAGCACGGCGGUGGGAAAGUCGAGCCUGGCCUACCGAUACGUGAAAAACGACUUCCAGGAGUCGCUGCCCACCGUGGGAUGCUCCUUCUUCACGAAAAUAAUCCGCAUGGAGUCAGCCAUGGUCAAGCUGGAGAUCUGGGACACGGCUGGGCAGGAGAAGUACCACAGCGUCUGCCACCUCUACUACCGGGGUGCCCACGCUGCUCUCCUUGUCUACGACAUCACCAACAAGGAAACACUUGGCAGGGCGAAGCUGUGGCUGAGGGAGCUGGAGAAGGAGUUCCUGCACGACGAAAUCGUCAUUGCUUUGGUGGGCAACAAGACGGACCUGGCUGAGGAGAGAGAGGUCCCAGCCGAGGAGGGCGAAGAGUUUGCGAGGAGCAGAAGCCUGCUCUUCACGGAGACAUCGGCGAAAUCCAACCACCAAGUAAAGGAUGUCUUUAUGGCUGUAGCCCUUCAGCUCCUGCAGCGUGAAGCAGAGAAGGCGCCAGCCCCGCGCCGCGGGCAGCACGUGGACUUGGGGGCGAGCAGGGCGAGGACGGGGUGCUGCCACGUGUGAAGGGGCCACAGGCUCCCCAUGGGACACGGUGCCGGGGAGGACAGGAGGGACCUGACCUCGUGCUUUCGGCGUUGGUGGUGACAAGACAGCGGGUGGCACGUGGAUGGCACAGACCAAGGAUCUUCCUCAUCAUCCUCUACAUGAGAGCGCACAUAGCGUGCACGUGGGGUCUUGGGCCAGGGUCUCACACCAGCUUUCUCCAUGGGGAUGACCUCCUUGCUGGUCCCAGGGACCCUGCUGCCACCGGCCUGGCCAGGAGCCCAUCCCAUCAUAACAGGGUUUUAGCAUAUGGGUGCAAAUAAAGAGCGGGUCGCCCUCACCGCCUCCUUUUCCCUGACCCCCAUCUCCACAUGCAGGUGGGGACCACAAAGGUCUGGAGGUGGCAGGGAUCAGAGCCUG